CAGAGCUCCUACCCGCGCCGAUGAUCAGGCAAACGUAUGGUGGAAGGUCGCACGCUUUUGCUGUUGCUUGUGCGGUUUUGCUGUUUAUCGCAGUUAGCGAACGGGGCCGGGCGCUCUGUCACUGUGUAUGUGUGAGGUAAGCGAACGUUAGCACGUCAGGACGACGAAGCAUCGGGUGUUCAACUACUUCGCCAGCUCCGCUCGCUGAUCGGUGAUUUCAUGAAAUCUCCACAGACGUGCAGACGUGUCAGUUUCCCUGAGUUGGUUUCAGCGCUUUUUAUAGCCCUUCAGGACAGAACCGGUGACCGUCCCUUCAAGACAGUCGCGUCUUCUUUGCAGUCAAGCCAUUCAUUUGCGGGCGGCAGUUUGGAAUCUUUUCCCGUUCCCUAGUAAUAGCAGGAGACGCUGGAGUAUCAACUAUUACUUUGCUUUCCAGCCGCAGUCUGAGUAAACUGUGACUGCUUUUGCCUAGUAGUUUUGGAGAACGACGACCAUUCAAAUUACGGGGCAUUUUAUAGCCAGCCCAUCUGCGUUGGAAACAUUCGAAGCUCGAGCUCUGCGGCCAAGUACUAAGUGGAGACAGUGUGACUCCGUUGUGACGAUAUAGCCAGGGCGACCAUGAGCCAAGUGACGUCGCUCAAGUCCAGGGCUCUGAGUAGCGUGGUCAAGCAGCUGGACCGCUAUCUGCAAGCAGUGCCGGAGCUGCCGUUCACCGUCCGCGCAGACCUGCUGCGUCUGGCGUGCAAGCGAGGGCUAAUACGAGACGAUAACUUGCCACAGUUGCUGACCGACGGCAGCAUGACACUGGACUUCAGUCACUCUGAUGCUGUGGGCGACGCAGCGCUGGUACUGGUGGCGGCCAAGUGUCCCUAUCUAACCAGCUUGAAUCUGAACUGGACAGUCAGGGCACAGGACCUCUCCACAGAUGGCGUAACCGACGAAGGUAUACAUGCCCUAGCCAAGUCCUGUCCAAACCUGCAAUGGCUGCUGUGUCGCAAUCGGGGAAACAUCACAAGCAGCUCUGUGAUAGCCAUCACCAAGAGAUGUCAGCUGUUGCGCACAUUGGACCUUGGUGGAUGUAUUAUCGAUGAUUCAUUGCUGACAGCAGUGGCGGAGAAUUGCCAUUCCCUGAAAAGCAUCAAUUUGUCCUUUACAUCAGUUACAAGCAAAGGAUUCGCGUCGUUAUGCCACACCGAGUCGGCUUGCUUCCGAACUCUUGAGGAAAUCCAUGCCACGAACUGUGCACAAAUCUGCGAUGACGCCAUCCAAUGUGCUGCUCGCUUGCCCAGCCUGAGCAUCUUGAUUUUUCACAACUGCCGCCUGGUGACGGAAGCGUCUCGGCUCCAUCUCGACGACAUACUGCAGAGACAGCAGGGGCGUGCGCGUCGCGAGAGGAGACCGGGUGCCAAGCCACGCCCGGUGCAGAUGAGCUGGACGGUGUACUAACUCGGCAUGCCAGCAUGCUAGCAGUGAUGCGCGAGUCGUGAAGCGAGUGCAUGAAGCGAGUACAUGUAUGUAGUGCAGAUGACCUGGACGGUGUACUGACUCAGUGCUCCAGCAUGCUAGCAGUGAUGCACGAGUCGUCAAGCGAGUGUGUCACGCGAGUGUUUACCAAGUUAAGAUUACUAGAACAUGUGAGUGCGGUCACCAUACACACGUGAUCAGUCAGAGUGGCCGACACUCGUGUUGCGCUCGUUUUUGGAAUCCGGGCUACUCCCAGGCUCCAACAACCAUGUUCUGUACCGAUUCUGUAACUGCUGUGAUACCUUUGACAAGGUUUGACUUUAGGUAAUCUGGAUACAUGUACUUGUAUCCUCUUGUUCUUUUAUGGAAGAUUCAGAGCUUCAAAAACCUGGAGGGAAAAGCAGAAAAGGGAGCACAUUGAAAAGUUUUAAAUUUGAAAAUCAUGAUUAAAUUUUGUGAAAGUCUGCUAACUAAUUACUUGCUAAGCCUCUGGCUAUAGUAGUUGUUUAGUUAGCACUCAAUAUGAGUGCUCGAAAUGGUUUAUAAUAGCUAGUCUCUCAUUCUAUCGAUGUUAUGUUAUGUUACCUUUAUUUUACUUCACCAUCGAUGAAUGUAUCGAUGAAUUUUUUCUGACACUGUGGUAAUGAUCUUGUCACUGUUUUUUUUAUAAACAAUACAUGCAUGUACAUGUACAUGUACAUAACUUGUAUAACAUGACAGCUCUUGAUAUAGUCCAAUGCUUCACUAGUGUUUCUUAUUGGCCUUUUGCCUGCUGGGCAUGCACGGACAUUCAAUUGUGCCUGACAAGGAUAUUUUAGAUCAUUCUGUUCUGAAACCAUCAUUUUCCUUGAUCUGCAAAUCAGGGAGUUGUAUUUUACUGCUCCCUGCUGCAAAUUGA